AUGGCGAGAGCAAACAUGUCGCAAAGGAAGAGGACAAACAUCCUCGCCUUCCUCUUCACUCUACUUGCCCUGUUCCACACAACGCUGUGUACACCCAUAACCCAACUCGAGGCCGUCGCCGCCGCGGCCUCUCCCACGAGCACAUCCAUGUUUUGGCUCGACUACACCAAGUCCUAUAACCCUCUCGCGCCCGAUCCCACACCAGGGCCCGCCCGUGCCGUUGGUGCCGUGCGCGGGGACGACGACGUCAAGUUUGGCCAGACGACGUAUUACACCUGCAUCACUCGAGCAGGGAACGAGCACUGCGGGUGGCAUGCGCCCAUCUUGUGGGUGGGGAGGGCAGCGGUACCAAGAGGCAAGGUUGGGGGUGGGCUACCUGAUGGUGGUGGCUGGUGCUGUGGUCGCAGUUUUGUUAUGAGAGCGCCAGGUGGAGAGAGAUGGGUGACCUGA